AUGUCUCCGAUUUUAACUCUCUUCACUGAUAACACAAUACUAAUCAAUGUGAAACCUUACGCAAUUCCCGUUCUCAUCGCCAUCUUAUCGAUUUUAUGGUAUCUAUUCAAACGCUCGCCGCAUCCGCCUCUACCGCCUGGACCGCGAGGACUUCCUAUCGUCGGAAACCUCCCGUUUCUUGACCCGGACCUUCACACCUACUUCACAAACCUCGCUCAGAUUCAUGGUCCAAUCUUCAAACUCAAUCUUGGUUCAAAACGAACGGUUGUGGUCAACUCUCCAGCACUAGCUCAAGAGAUCUUGAAAGAUCAAGACAUCAAUUUCUCAAACCGUGAUGUUCCUCUCACGGCCCGAGCCUAUACUUAUGGCGGUCUCGACCUUGUUUGGUUACCAUACGGUGCCGAAUGGAGGAUGCUUAGAAAAGUUUGCUUUCUCAAGCUUCUUAGCCGCAAAACUUUGGAUUCUUUCUACGAGCUUCGUCGCAAAGAAAUCCGGGAAACAACGAGGUACUUGUACCAGAAAGGUCAGGAAGAAUCACCCGUGAACGUCGGAGACCAGCUUUUUUUGGCGAUGAUGAAUCUUACAAUGAAUAUGUUAUUGGGAAGUUCGGUGAAAGCAGAGGAAAUGGAGAGUGUUGGAACAGAGUUUAAAGGAGUGGUUUCUGAGAUAAUUAGGCUUUUGGGUGAGCCUAAUAUUUCUGAUUUUUUCCCAAUGUUAGCUAGAUUCGAUCUUCAAGGUCUUGUGAAGAAGAUGCAUGUGUGUUCUAGAGAGGUUGAUGCGAUACUUGAUCGAGCCAUCGAACAGAUGCAAGAACUAAGAAGUAAGGAUGGUGAAUGUAAAGACUUUUUGCAACAUUUGAUGAAGUUAAAGGAGCAAGAAGCUGACUCGGAGGUUCCUGUUACGGUUAACCAUGUCAAAGCCGUGCUCGUGGAUAUGGUAAUUGGUGGUACAGAUACAUCAACCAACACGAUAGAGUUUGCCAUGGCCGAACUAAUAAGAAACCCAGAGUUGAUGAAGAGAGCGCAACAAGAGCUAGACGAAGUUGUAGGCAAAGACAACAUAGUUGAAGAAUCACACAUCACUAAACUUCCUUACAUAGUAGCCAUUAUGAAAGAAACACUUAGACUUUAUCCAACCAUUCCUUUGCUUGUCCCUCAUUGUCCCACUGCAACCGCGGUUGUGGGUGGCUACACCAUCCCUAAAAACACUAAGAUCUUCAUCAACGCUUGGUGUAUUCAGAGAGACCAAAACACGUGGGAUAAUCCGACUGAGUUUUGUCCUGAGAGGUUUCUUAAUAAUAAGUCUUGUGAAUUCAAUGGAACAGAUUAUAGGUUUCUUCCAUUUGGAUCUGGAAGGAGAAUGUGCGUCGGUGUAGCACUCGCCGAGAGGAUGGUUUUGUACACUCUCGCGACAUUAUUACAUUCGUUCGAUUGGAAGAUACCGGAAGGACAAGUGUUGGAAUUGAAAGAGAAGUUUGGGAUUGUCUUGAAGCUCAAGACGCCUCUUGUUGCCUUGCCCAUUCCAAGGUUGUCCGAUUCGAAUCUUUAUUUAUAAUGGCUAAAAUCUUUAAAGUUUUCUAAAAACGGGAAAGAUUGUUAUAAUGUUACUAAUAUACAACAAAAAUAAUUACUGUUCUUGUUACUUUCCUGAUGUUGUUGUUAUAGUGACCAAUAUGUAUAUUAUGUGAUAUUUUUAUUUUAUUUGUACGACUAUAUUUUAUUAUGGUCAGUGUUA